UUUUAAAAUUGCAUGAUGUGUGAUGAGUUGGAGAUUCUUAACAGGGAGAUUGAGAGGUUAUUACAGAGCAGCAUCGUGGAAAGAAGCUCUUUAAACUCAGAAUCUCUUCAGACUUCAACCUCUGAUUCCUGGGAUGUAGUUACUGCUUCAAGCAGUGGACCACAAGGCAGUUUAGUGAAGGCAGCUGUAUCGAGUGGAGCAUUGCUGGUUUCAGAGUCUUCAGGAUGGCAUCCAGAUGACCGUUACUCUAUUGGCUUCCCCAGAAUAGCGUCUGUUGUUGGGAUUAUGCUGAAUGACUCUGAUUUACUUCUGCCCUCCUGUGAUUCCUCCCUUGGCUUAAGUGGACAGGAAGAACUAAUUCCAGCAACCUCUAAUGCUGUGUCAGAGGUGACUUUUUGGAACAGUAAUAUCUGUACUAUGGAAGACGACAGUUUGGAAUCUAUGACACUGGAGUCUCAGUCUAACAUGGAAAAUUCUUCUCUUGCUGCGGAUGACAGAGAUGAACAAAGCAAUGAGGAUGAACAAAAAACUGUGAAACCGACUAGCAAGGAGUUCAAGAAAACGUGGGGGUUUCGUAGGACUACUAUUGCAAAGCGUGAAAGCUUAGGAGAUGCCGAAAUGGACAUUGCUGAACAAGCAUCUCCUCAGCAGCAAAGCCUGGCUCUUCGGCGUAGCGGACGGCAACCCAAGCGUACCGAACGGGUGGAAGAAUUUCUUACGACCGUGAGGCGCAGAGGACGGAAGAAUCUUCCCACAGCUCUUGAUGACUUCAAUGAGCCAGCUUCUUGCCAUGUUACCGAUGUCGAAACUGCCUCCGAAGGGAGUGUAGAUAGCAUGCCUGAUAUAAAAAAUGUAACUCAAAAGAACCGUUCUAAUGAUGGCAAAGGCCAGCCGACUCGAAAAGGAAGAAGUGCUAAAGAGCACGAAGAGGAAGAGGAUGAGGAAGAUACAUCGGACAGCGAUAGCGAUGGGUUAACGUUGAAAGAGUUGCAGAACCGUCUGAGAAAGAAACGGGUAGAAGAGAAGCCCUCAGAGCUAACGCUUCAAGAGAUACAGAAUCAACUCAGGAAGAAACAUCCAGAACAAAUCCCUGCUGAGACAGCUGACGUCCAGACCAGCAGCCAAAUUAAGCAUGAAAUAACUGUAAAGCAAGAACCAGGAACUACAGAUAAUGCUGAGACGGGGGAACAAAGCUCUGUCUCCAAGGAAACCAGCGAAGCAGGUCAGAUUAAGAAAGAAAUCAAAUGUGCUCCACAGAUCGCCAGUGAACUUGAACGCAGAAAGGGCAAAUCAGAAUCAGAAGUGUAUGACCCCAAUACGCUUUAUUGCAUCUGUCAACAGCCUCACAACAACAGGUUUAUGAUUUGUUGUGAUAGAUGUGAGGAAUGGUUUCAUGGGAAUUGUGUAGGUAUUUCAGAGGCCCGUGGGCGCCUGCUGGAAAGAAAUGGAGAAGACUAUAUCUGCCCAAAUUGCACCAUUCUGCAGGUGCAUGAUGAAAUAGCUAUGGAAACAAAUCAACAGGAAGCUGUGCUGGGACAGGUUACAGGUGAUGGCACAGAGUUCACAAGCAUGGGAACUAUUGAACAAAAGUCCAUUGAGGAUCAAGGCAUCAAGGGUCGUAUUGAGAAAGCUGCAAAUCCAAGUGGAAAGAAAAAACUCAAAAUAUUUCAGCCUGUGAGUGUUCAAACGAUUCAUUUUAAUUUUACUGAAUUAUUGGUAAACUUCUGGUGGAAACAUUCUAAAUUACCUGCCAAGUAUAUAUGUGUGUAUUAAUGUCAUACGAAAUGUUAGAAUUCUGCCGCCCUAGAAAAGAGCAAGGAACCUCUUGUAAAAUAAGACUAUUUAAGUAUAACUUUUAUUAAACUUCAAAUACAUCAAAUAAAGUAAAAAUAAAAUAAAAAAGGAGGAAGGUAGGGAAGGGCGGGAAAAGGCAUUAAUUUCCAAAUUUAUUCACUGCAGUAGAAUAAAAGUGGUAACAUUACAGCCUCAACUUUUUACUUUUUCAGACAUGUAUGCCAGCUAUUUCUCUAACAACAAACCUAUAUAAUCAGCAAAACCAAAAGUCAGAGUUUCACUUAUUGCACAAAAUCUAAAAACUGUUUCCUAGUAGAAACAAAAUCGGAUGUAUUCUUUUCUUUGAUUGAAGAGUGUUUUUCCAGGCAUACUUUCAUUGUGGGAAAUAAUUCUUAGCACACUUGUUUAUCUUUGUAUCCUGUUGGGGUUCAUUUACUUUUUCUGUGAAUUUACUUAUUUAUUUCAUCAUGCACAACCCAAGAAUUUAAGUCCCUCUUGAAACGCAAUUGCUGAAAAUCAAUAGCAUAUUUUCCUUUUUAAAGGUAAUACAAUGAAAAUAACAAUGUAAAAUCUUCAUGUAAAAACUGUCUAUAUGGCCAGUCGUCUCCAGCCCUAUGGAUUAUUAUUUUGUCGUCAUUCUUUGCUGUGACAAAUCAUUCCAUCAUGUUAUGGCUUAGCAUAAUAUGUUAGCCUAAGA